AGGCGUAUCGUCAAUACUAUCUUUCGGUGUAAAAAAAAGAAACUCUUUCUUUGAAGUGCUCUCCUCUGGCAGCCCCUCUGCUUUUCUGAGUGCUGAAUCUCACACUACCCUGCCGUUUUAUGGUUAAUUUCUCGUGCUUUCACGAGUGAAGAGGCAUUUGGACCGAAGCCCAUUACGCACUCGUUAAUGACACAGAAACCGUGUCGUUUCUCCAGGGCUCUUGGAGCAGAUGAAAUUCAGAGCGUAGAAAUGUAAGGACAUGGUCAACGCACACCUAUCUGCAGUGCUGUGAGGGAUUAGGAGCUGGAGAGCUACCUGUUGUCCCUGGGAAAUACACAUCCUGGCUAACUUUGUUGAGCACGGUCUAUUUUGCCUGCGAUUAUCUGUUUUUUUUUUUUUUUUUUGGUUGAUUCACCUACUUUGUUCUUCGGCGUUUGUUUUCUCGCACACACGCUUUUCUUUUGAAGUAAUAUCUUCACCUCCUCGCGAUACAGAGCUCACUAAUACCAGAGCCAACACAUAAUGUAGGAGGGAAACGCACCUCGUUUAUGUGAGCUGGCUCUUCGUCGGUCUUUGGGUAUCUUCGGUGCAUUCCGUAUGGGAACAAAUGGCAGAUCAUUACCAGAUAUUAACCAGCAUGGGAGACCGGGGAGUGCUGUAACAUCGGUGUCAUAUUUGCAGCAUGGAGACUUACAACUUAAGGGACCUGAGACACUCUCCUUGAAUGCGCCAGACUGCCGCGGCGAAGGAUGGGCCCUUUUCUCCCGGCGAUUUGCGUCGUGCUGCUCUCCCUGAACGCCGCUGUCUCGCCGGCCUCUGUCGGCCCCGAGGACUAUCCCGCCGCGGACGAGGCCGAGAGAACUGCCAACAAUGACAUCAUUUUCGAUGACUACCGAGGGAAAGGCUGCGUGGACGACAGUGGCUUCGUGUACAAGCUCGGGGAACGCUUCUUCCCGGGCCACUCGAACUGCCCGUGCGUUUGUACGGAGGACGGACCUGUCUGCGACCAACCCGAGUGCCCCAAAAUACACCCCAAGUGCACCAAGGUGGAACACAACGGCUGUUGCCCCGAAUGCAAGGAGGUCAAAAACUUCUGUGAAUAUAGAGGGAAGACUUACAAAAUCCUGGAGGAGUUCAAGGUGUUUCACCUACAGGGUUCCCCAGCAGCCGUGGAAGCGAGCCACUCCACCACCGCACCCCCAGCCACUGCUCAGCUGCAAGCAAGAGGCCGGAGCUAUAGGCCUUCGCCCUGUGAAUGGUGUCGCUGCGAGCCAAAUAAUGAGGUGCAUUGUGUGGUCGCUGACUGUGCAGUACCAGAGUGCGUCAACCCGGUGUAUGAGCCAGAACAGUGCUGCCCCAUCUGUAAAAACGGUCCAAAUUGCUUCGCUGGAACGACGAUCAUCCCAGCUGGCAUUGAAGUGAAGGUGGACGACUGCACCAUCUGUCGGUGCCACAGCGGGGACUGGUGGAAGCCUGCUCAGUGUUUGCGCCGAGAGUGUCUCAACGGUCAGCCGUCAUCAUAGAAGCCCUCUGGAGCUGAAGGGAGGGACACGAUGCGAUGUGCAGCACGGCUGUCGGCGCAGGGGACGGCCCACCUUAUGACAGCGAGGGACUGAUUGGCAGGAGCACAAUUCCUCUGGCAAACUGAGAUGGCUGGACAUGCUGAGAUACAUGGGACAUACUGUACACUCACACACACACACAAAAGUCCUUGGCAGAAUCAUAACAGGCGUCUUUCACCGAGGACACAUUUUUCUCCUGUGAGGAGUUCAUACUAGGGUGAACCUCAUGAAAACAUUUCACUUCAAAAUCAAGAGAAUAUAUAUAUAUUUUUUUUUUGCACUUUGACCAUUUUUCAUAAAGACGAAAUCAAAUUUGCCUCAUUGUUUUAUUUUAUUUGUUUUUUUUAUAACUCUUAUUAGAUUCUCACUAAUAUUAUUAGAUUCUAACUAAUGAAUGCAGUAUUUUUACAGUAUUUAAAUUAAUAUAGGAAUAUGAAUUUAUCAAAUAAUCGAAAUAUAAAAAUAAUACAAAUUACUAAAACAGAUUAUAUACAAAAAUACUUAUUAAGACUUAUUAAAAAAUAUUAUCAUAAAGGUACAAAUAUUACUAAAAUAUAUACAUAUUUUACAAACAGUUUUUUAGUGCAAAAUAAAUACAGUAAGAUUAGAAAUUAUACUUUGCAUAAACAAAAUCUGUUUUCAGGAUCAUUAUAACUAUUUUAAAAAAAAAUAUUUUAUUUAAUAUGUCACCUCAAAAUUGUUCUUCCCCCACAGUGAUUGUCAUUAUAUUCUUACUAAUGAAAUACUAUGUUUUUACUGUAGUAAAUUAAUAUAAGAAUAUUAAACUAUACAAUUCUAAAUAUAUCAAAAUAAUAUAUUCAAUAAUUAAAAUAAACAAAUUACAUAUUUGCAAAAAAAUACAUGCAAAAUAAUUAAUACUUGCUUUAAAUCAUUAUAAUGUACUACAAAUUCUAUCAGAACAGACAAAUACUUUUUUAACUUUAAUGAGAGUUACAUUAAUCACACAUUAAUGAUGAAGAAGUAUUUAACAUUUUUGUAACAAUAAUUUAAGGGUGAAUAAGCUUCAGUGUCAAAAUAUCUUCAGUUUCAUAGGGCAAAAUAUAUAUAUAUAUCAUUUUUAAUUUUAAUAUCUGGACAUGUUCUUGACAGAUUUCAUGAGAUUCACCACUAGUUUUAUUUGUUGCUUAUGCUGCUUAAACACAGUGUUUGUAUAUUUCCCAUGAUCACGAGUGCUCAGUGGCAACAUUUAAACCUAAAAUACCACCUCAAUCAUCUGAAGAUAAAGUUGAUCAUUUUAGGCUGUGCUUACAUCGAGAUAUUUCGGCAUAGCAUUUAUUACGACAUUACAUAAACAAGCCUCUGUGUUCCCACAUUUGUGGAGUAUGAGUUAUAUUUAGUGGUAGUAUAACUAGAGGGGUAUGAACUUGUUCAUUAAGAAACAUGAUUAAUGACAAGUUCGAAUUUAAUAGUUUAAUUAGUGGAACAUAAGGGAAUAAGGAAGAUCUACAUGACAUAAUUGGAAAAUGGCCCAAGAGAAACACAGCUGAGAAAUGAAGAUUAUUUAGUGAUUGUUCCGGGAAAUUAUUUUAUUGCAUCACUCAUAUAGAGAAAAAUCACAUAAGGAUGGAUCCAGUAUUAUAGGUGGCAAAUACUUUCCAUGAAUAGGGUACACUACUAGAAUACAAAAAAUACUGGAAAAAAACAUGAUUUCCACUAAAAUAUUAAAUAGCAUAACUUUAAAAAAUUGAUACAAAUAAAUAUUUCUUGACCACCAAAUCAGCAUAUUAUGAUUUCUGAAG